AUGGCGACAACAACAUCAAUUUCUAGUAUUUCGGUUGGAGUGUCAAGACCUAGGAUUACCUCGUCACAGAAGUUAGGUUCUGUGAAUCUUGGAGGCAGGGUUAAGGUUGGCUCAUUUGAUAAGCUAGGAAGUGUUUGUCAUGUUGCAUCGGUGAAACCCUUCCAGCAGGCGUCGCCAUCGAGUAGCUUAAAAUUCAAUAGAAUUGUGACAAAGGCAGUGUCUGAGUCCAGCUCAAACAAGGAAGUUACUGGAUUGCCAAUUGAUUUGAGAGGUAAAAGGGCAUUUAUUGCUGGUGUGGCUGAUGACAAUGGAUAUGGCUGGGCAAUAGCAAAAUCUCUUGCUCAAGCAGGAGCUGAAAUUCUUGUUGGCACUUGGGUACCUGCUCUAAAUAUAUUCGAGUCCAGUCUACGUCGUGGAAAAUUUGACGAAUCACGCAAGUUACAAGAUGGAUCAUUGUUCGAGAUUGCCAAAGUGUAUCCCUUGGAUGCAGUCUACGACACUCCCGAAGAUGUUCCGGAAGAUGUAAAAACUAAUAAGCGCUAUGCUGGAGCCAAAAAUUGGACUGUUAAGGAAGUUGUUGAAUCUGUUAAGAACGAUUUCGGUACCAUUGACAUACUUGUGCACUCACUUGCUAAUGGACCAGAGGUCAGCAAACUCUUGUCUGAGACAUCUCGGAAAGGAUAUCUGGCUGCCUUGUCUGCGUCUAGUUACUCUUAUAUUUCUUUACUAAAACACUUCCUUCCAAUCAUUAAUCCAGGCGGAGCUUCAUUAUCGCUAACCUAUAUUGCUUCUGAGAGGAUUAUUCCUGGAUAUGGCGGGGGUAUGAGUUCUGCUAAAGCUGCUUUGGAAAGUGAUACAAGAGUGCUUGCUUUUGAAGCUGGUAGAAAGAAAAGAAUCAGAGUCAAUACUAUAUCUGCAGGUCCACUGGGAAGCCGUGCUGCGAAAGCAAUUGGUUUCAUCGACACGAUGAUUGAUUAUUCUUUUACCAAUGCACCCAUUCAGAAAGAACUUAAUGCAGAGGAAGUAGGAAACACUGCUGCUUUCUUGGCAUCACCCUUAGCAUCGGCUAUCACUGGCGCUGUUAUAUACGUCGAUAAUGGACUGAACGCCAUGGGAGUUGGAGUCGACAGUCCAGCAUUUAAAGACCUCGACAUUCCAAAGCAAGAACAUUGA